UGGGUUGAAACCAUAUCUCAAAAUUCAAACCCGGCACCACGACCCGCAGCUAUAAGAAAGAAAAAGGAAAUCGGCCGUUAAAUUUUUUUUUCCAAGUCCUUGCGUACAGCGCACAAAGCACCAGUAAGGAACUUUUUCAAAAGUCACUUCUCUCCAAAAGCAGAAAAAAAAACCCCAAACUGAAAAACUCCUCACCGAGCGACGUCGUUUUGGAGGUCCGGCGACGGACAGUAAUCAAUGGCAAUCGCCGAGGAGAAAUUGGAAGGCAAAGUGUGGGGGCUAUUUAAGCUGCCGUUCGUGAAUUCGCAGCCGGCGACGUCUUCUUCUUCAUCAAAUUUCGCCCAUUAUCAGGAGAAUUACGGCCAUGGGAACAAUAAUAUUCAUUCUCAGGCCGACGGAUCGGGUGCUCAAGGCAACACUGGGAGCUCCGUUUCUUCGGUCGCCAGAUCUCUGCUCCCCACGCGCCGCCGUUUGAAGCUUGAUCCCUCUAAUAAGCUUUAUUUUCCAUAUGAGCCUGGCAAGCAAGUCCGAAGUGCUAUCAAAAUUAAAAAUACAAGCAAGUCUCAUGUAGCAUUCAAGUUCCAAACAACUGCACCAAAGAGCUGUUUUAUGCGUCCUCCGGGGGCCAUUCUUACUCCCGGCGAGAGUAUAAUUGCAACUGUAUUUAAAUUUGUAGAGCCUCCGGAGAACAAUGAAAAGCCAAUGGAUCAGAAAAGCAGGGUGAAGUUCAAAAUUAUGAGCCUAAAAGUGAAGGGACCAAUGGAUUACAUACCCGAACUGUUUGACGAGCAAAAGGAUCAAGUGGCUGUCGAGCAGAUACUUCGGGUAGUCUUUCUGGAUGUUGAACGUCCUAGUCCUGCUCUGGAGAAGCUAAAACGCCAGUUAGCUGAAGCUGAGGCUGAACUUGAGGCUCGCAAGAAACCUUCAGAAGACACAGGCCCAAAGUUUGUUGGAGAAGGACUUGUCAUAGACGAAUGGAAAGAAAGAAGAGAAAGAUACCUAGCUCGACAACAGGUGGAGGGGGUAGAUUCUGUAUGAGUGGAGAGUUUCUUCCGAAAAAAUUGCAUUGUGUGUGAGAGGACGGACUAUCUUCAAAUCGAAGUUGCAAAACUGUAAACAGUUGCCGGUUCAAUCUGUAACUUAAGGUACUAUCAUGUGUUUGGCUUUAUCGCCAUACACAUGUGUAGAUAUGUGAUUUUGUUGCUUAAAAAAAGAGAGAGAAGCUAAUAUCUGUUUUAUUAUGUACUACUUUUCCAUUGUUCUGUUUUCGUUACUCGUUUUCUCUGCGAACAUAAAUAUAUUUCAGAUGAAUUGAACACCACCAAGGCUAUUUCCUGUGGGUCAAGAAUACUCA